UUUAUUUAAACAUAUAAUUUUCAGACAACCGCCCAACUAUCCUAAAUCAAAAUGUCUGGACGCGAAGGUGGAAAGAAAAAGCCCCUGAAGGCCCCCAAGAAGGACGCCAAGGAUUUGGAUGAUGAUGAUAAGGCUCACCUGGCCAAGAAGAGAGAAGAGGAGAAGAAAUUAAAGGAGCUGGCAACCAAGGCGGCUGGCAAGGGACCUCUCGUCUCCGGCGGGAUCAAGAAGAGCGGAAAAAAAUAAACUUCUGAUCUCCGAACCUCAUCGCGCGAAUCAUCGAACACUCAUAGUUUUUUUUACGCUUUCAUGGUUUCAUAUCAAUUUUUAACUAUCUUUGUAACUUUACAAUGAUUUCAGACAAAAUGGCAAUGGCGGGAAUUACAAGAAGUGUUCUGAGGCCAUGUCGUCAUUUUGUAGGAUUGGUCUCUGCUCCUAGUUCACGAACUAUUUCUUCCCAUGGACAAGCAACCUUCACUGAUCUUCCGGAAACUCAUCAGAUGCUCAAGGAUACCUGCAGACAGUUUGCUGAAAAUGAACUGUGGCCCAUUGCUGGUAAAAUAGAUAAAACCUGUGAAUAUCCAGAGGAACAAAUUCACAAGAUGGGAGAAUUAGGUUUGAUGGGUAUUGAUAUACCUGAAGAAUAUGGAGGAACUGGACUGGAUUCCCUGGCAUAUGCUGUAGCUCUCACAGAAAUAUCAAGGGGCUGUGCUAGCGCUGGAGUGAUAAUGAGCGCUCACAAUUCCCUCUACCUCGGUCCGAUCAAAUACUUUGGGAAUGACGCCCAGAAGAAGUCCAUGGUGACCCCCUUCCUUGACGGGACCAAGAUCGGGUGCUUCUGCUUGUCCGAACCAGGGAAUGGAAGUGACGCAGGUGCCGCAAGUACAACCGCCACAGAUGCAGGGGAUCAUUGGGUUCUAAACGGUACAAAGGCCUGGAUCACGAACUCCUACCAGGCGUCAGGGGUUGUAGUGUUCGCUACCACGGACAAGUCCAAGAAGCACAAGGGGAUCAGUGCUUUCAUCGUACCAAAACCCACCGAGGGACUUAGCCUUGGAAAGAAGGAGGACAAGCUGGGGAUCAGGGCCUCCGCCACCAGCAACGUAAUCUUCGAGGACUGUAAGAUCCCGAAGGAGAACUUGUUGGGAGAGGCGGGGAUGGGGUUCAAGAUUGCCAUGCAAACCUUGGACUCCGGCAGAAUAGGUAUCGCUGCACAGGCUCUAGGUAUUGCUAAAAAUGCAUUUGACACGGCUGUCGACUAUUCAGCUAAACGUAAUUCAUUUGGUGCUCCUAUCUCUAAACUUCAGAUGAUCCAAUCUAAGAUUGCAGAUAUGGCUUUACGGAUAGAGAUGUCCGAGAUGAUGAUGUAUAAAGCUGCUUCUCUGAAGGAUGCUGGAAAACCAUUCACCAAGGAGGCUGCAAUGGCAAAGCUUGCCUGCUCUGAAACUGCUACAUAUGUCGCUCAUCAAGCUAUUCAGGUGUUAGGAGGAAUGGGAUACGUAUCUGAUAUGUGUGUUGAAAGGAAUUACAGAGAUGCCAGAAUUACAGAAAUUUACGAGGGAACCUCGGAGAUCCAGAGGCUGGUUAUUGCUGGGAACGUGAUGAAGGAGUACGGGUUCUAGCAGAGAGUCUAGUACGGAGUAAACCUUGAAAACUGAACCCGAACCUGAUUCUAAACCUGAACCUUAUCAUAAAUUAGGACAGAUAAACUUUCUACAAUAGAUUUUUAUCCCUGAACUUAGAUAAUGAUUGACCCAUAGGCAUAGUGUAUUUUUAUAUAAAUUUCCUACCAUUUAUGUAACAGCACUGGGAAAGUACUACAGAAGAAAAAUCAUAGAAUAAAUUUAUUUAAACUAAUAUAUAUUGUAUAUUUAGAAAA